UCGGCAGGAUGAAGGUCUUCCUGAUAAUAGCAGCUGCGUGCGCGUUUGUCGGAGCAGCCCCUCGCCAGCGCCGUGAUGCUAUAUGGGGUGGUCAUUUGGGACACUAUGGGGGUCAUCUGGGAUACUCUCACGGUGUAGCACUAGCUGGUCCAGCUUUGGGUCCUACCAGUGUCGCUGGUCCUCACUUGGGAGCCACUGUUGUAGCUGCUCCAUCGAUUGGUCCAGCUAGGCUUUCUGGAUCGAUGUCUGGUCCGGUCCACGUUUCCGGUGCAGUCGCUGGUCCUGCUCUGGUAACAGCUUCCGUUGCUGGCCCUGCUCAUGUCGAAGGCUAUGGUGGACCCUAUGGAGGAGCAGUUGGAUACGUUGCACCAGCGUACGGUUACGCAGGAUACGGAGGGUACGGAGGAUACGCAGGACCCGGCGGACACGGUGGACAUGGAUCAGUGAUAGCAGGACCAGCGUCCCAUGGCGCGGUGCUAGCAGGACCAGCAUCCUACGGAGCAGUGCUCGCAGGUCCAGCGUCCCAUGGCGCGGUCCUCGCUGGUCCCCAUUCGGGAAGCGCUGCGGUUUCCGGUCCAAACGCUGGUUCAGUAGUGAUUGCUGGUCCCUCUGGGAAGAUCACUGCCCACGGUACUGGCUACGGUGGCAUUCACACUGGUCACGGUCACUGGUAACGACCAGAGUUGCUGAAAGAAAGAAGAUAUUCAUGGAAAUCUCUCAAUAACAUCCACGACGGAUAAUUAGGCUGAUUUUGUACACACUCGUGCUAAGUAUCAGUGAAAGUAAAAUCAAUUCACGACGAUCCCCGUUUUGAUAAAGUAACAUUAAAUAUUGUUUUUCUCUUUUAAAUACCUUUUGCAGAUAGUUUGUGACGUAGA